CAUUCCAGUUUAGAUUUCAUUAGAGUGACUGAGUGUAAACGACGAACAGUGUAAACAUUGUGUGCGUCUGAUUUUUAUACAUUAACAAAUUGGAGAUAUUUAAAAUCACUGGUGGAUUUAAUUAUUUCUGUAUUUCUAUAACCUCACCAUGAAGGUUCACGCCACUGGAGUGUUUUGUAUCAUCUUCGUUGCUAUCUUUUUGACCGGAUCCACGAAUGGGUUGCGGUGUUAUGAAUGCAGGUCCGAUAUCGAACCAGCGUGUGCCGACAAUGUCAAGUCCCUAACACCGGUCUCAAUAGACCCGACAACAGAUGGCGCUUGCAGAGUCUGCACUCUGCUAUUAGAAUAUGGAGUCGUCAGGCGCCACUGCAGCUCGCUAAAAGACCCAAGCUCUUCUCUCCUCAAGUGUAUAGGAGACUCGUGUGGGUGCAAGACUGAUUUGUGCAACGCAUCAGUAACCAUGGCAACGUCUCUAGCAUCUCUGGUCGUUUCUCUCAUCGUCUCGGUUGUUGUCUAGGUUGAAGCACAAGUCCGGAAUCCUCCAACAAAAUAAGUGAUACGUUUCUAAUGGACAGUUUAAGUGAUUAAGUUAUCAGAUUAGCGCUGAAGAGUGACACUGUGUGACAAUAGAAAGAGAUGGUACAAAAACAGUAUUGAAUACGAAUCCAUGGAAAGUGACUUGACACAACGUCAUUGUUGAUGACAGAUAAACCCCAUUGAUAUUAUCAUUCACACAUAGAAUUGCUCAAUCGAUAUAAUCUUGUACAAAAAAUAUAGGUGUUUUCUUCCAUUUUUUAAAAUUUGUUUAGCUAUUUUAUUGACAUAUUUUCUUACAAAGGCGAACUAUUGGAUCUUAAGUAUCAAAAUAUUACAUAGUUCACAUACAUUGAGUUGCGAUUAGAUAUGCGUGUGUAUAAGAGAC